AUGCGGUGGUUUCCUAAAGAAGUAUGUUUAGCUUUUGAAGUUAAGUGUUUGGAAAUGGUUUCUUUUCCUAGUUCCAGAAAUUUGCAGUCAUCAGUUUGUCAGCUUGACUCUAGUUCAGCGUCAGCGGCUAUUGGUUUUGCUGAUUCUGCAGAAACUUCGGGUAAGAAUAGCCAAAACAAACGACUUUUCGCUGUGGUUUCAUUUGCUCAACAGCAGUUCAAAGUCACAAGCGAAGAUAUUAUUGUGAUUCAGGGCAACUGGGCCUUCGAUAUUGGAGAUCGAAUUAUCAUGGAAAAGGCAGGUGUGUUUAUUACGUUUAUUAAAUCUUCGGUCACCCUCGCAGUUUCAUAUCAUUAUUUAGCACAUCAUGUUACCUUUUCUUUAUAG